CCUGGGAGGCAGAGGCAGGCGGAUUUCUGAGUUCAAGGCCAGCCUGGUCUGCAGAGUGAGUUCCAGGACAGCCAGGGCUACACAGAGAAACCCUGUCUCAAAAAACAAAACAAAACAACAACAACAAAAUUUACUGUAGUCAGAAAUUGAGUAUUCUUGUAUUUCACAGUGAAGUGAAUCUUAAUUGCUUUCUACAACAAUUUUGGAAACAGAUACUGGGCUUGAUUAUAUAAGCCAGCAUCCUGAGAAGUAUAUUUAAAUAAUCUGUAUGGACCAGAACAAAAAUAUCAGACCAUCCCCAACAAUUUGAGAGUUAGGGUGACCAGAGAGUAGUGCAGGUUAGAUUGUUACUUAAAUGUGGGAGGUAGCCUGUUUUGUUCAUUAUAUUUCACGAUUUAAAUGAUAAAUUGAGCCUCAUAGCUGUUGCUGUUUUAGCAAGAAUCUGACCUAGUAAAAAUUUUUUUCAGUCUUUUCAGUUCCUGAGGCUAAGGAUCUUAGAAUAGCGACUGUAAUUAUUGGGGCACUCCCUGACUGAGAUAGAACCUCUCAAACCUUCCUUUAAGCCUGUGCGCUUCUCUGUUUUUAUAUGGUGUGUGUGAACAGAAUGCAUGUGUGAGAGAUAAUUGCCCUUUCACUAAUGGCCCCCUUUCAGUAACCAUGUAUGGGUAAAGCUGCUCAGUUAGUUCCCUGCUCCUCCCUCACAGAGUGCAGAGCAGAGAGAGGGUGCUCUGCGGAAGCUGCUGCUCCACUUUGCAGCUUUCUAUAUUUGUACAGCAACAGCAGGAACAGCCCACUAGCUAGGCGGUGCAGUUAUCCUGUGCACCCACAUUGCUUCAGACCUGCUCAGGAUUCAGCCAGGGCUUGAAGUUUGUGUUCUUAACGUGCGUCCAUCUGUCUGUCUGUGUACAUUUCUGUGGAGGACUAAGGUUUUCAAGUAAAAGAGCUCAAAGAAAAUGAACGGCACCCUGGACCACCCAGACCAACCAGAUCUUGAUGCUAUCAAGAUGUUUGUGGGCCAGGUUCCAAGGACCUGGUCUGAGAAAGACUUGAGGGAGCUUUUUGAGCAGUAUGGUGCUGUCUAUGAAAUCAACAUCCUAAGGGAUAGGAGCCAAAACCCUCCUCAGAGCAAAGGGUGCUGUUUUGUUACAUUUUACACCCGUAAAGCUGCAUUAGAAGCUCAGAAUGCUCUCCAUAACAUGAAGGUCCUCCCUGGGAUGCAUCACCCUAUACAGAUGAAGCCUGCUGACAGUGAAAAGAACAAUGCUGUGGAAGACAGGAAGCUCUUUAUUGGUAUGAUUUCCAAGAAGUGUACUGAAAAUGACAUCCGAGUCAUGUUUUCUUCGUUUGGACAGAUUGAAGAGUGCCGGAUAUUGCGGGGACCUGAUGGCUUGAGCAGAGGUUGUGCAUUUGUGACUUUUACUACAAGAACCAUGGCACAGACAGCUAUCAAAGCAAUGCACCAAGCACAAACCAUGGAGGGUUGCUCAUCCCCAAUGGUGGUAAAGUUUGCCGACACCCAGAAGGACAAAGAACAGAAGAGAAUGGCCCAGCAGCUCCAGCAGCAGAUGCAGCAGAUCAGUGCAGCGUCUGUGUGGGGAAACCUGGCUGGUCUGAACACACUUGGACCCCAGUACUUAGCACUUUAUUUGCAGCUCCUACAGCAGACUGCCUCCUCUGGGAACCUCAACACCCUGAGCAGCCUCCACCCAAUGGGAGGGUUAAAUGCAAUGCAGCUACAGAAUUUGGCUGCACUAGCUGCUGCAGCUAGUGCAGCUCAGAACACACCAAGUGGUACCAAUGCUCUCACUACAUCCAGCAGUCCCCUCAGCGUACUCACCAGUUCAGCAGGGUCUUCACCGAGCUCCAGCAGCAGUAAUUCUGUCAACCCCAUAGCCUCACUUGGAGCCCUGCAAACAUUGGCCGGAGCAACAGCUGGCCUCAACGUUGGCUCAUUGGCAGGGAUGGCUGCUUUGAAUGGUGGUCUGGGCAGCAGUGGCCUUUCCAAUGGCACUGGGAGUACCAUGGAAGCCCUCACCCAGGCGUAUUCUGGUAUCCAGCAAUAUGCUGCUGCAGCCCUCCCCACUCUGUACAACCAGAAUUUAUUGACACAGCAGAGUAUUGGUGCUGCUGGAAGCCAGAAGGAAGGUCCAGAAGGAGCCAACCUGUUCAUCUAUCACCUGCCCCAGGAGUUUGGAGACCAGGACUUACUGCAGAUGUUUAUGCCCUUUGGGAAUGUCGUGUCGGCCAAGGUUUUCAUAGACAAGCAGACAAACCUGAGCAAGUGCUUUGGUUUUGUAAGUUAUGACAAUCCUGUCUCAGCUCAAGCUGCCAUCCAGUCCAUGAACGGCUUUCAAAUUGGAAUGAAGAGGCUUAAAGUGCAGCUCAAACGUUCGAAGAAUGAUAGUAAGCCCUACUGAGUGCUCCCCUCUGAGACUGGAGUGAGAAGAUCUUCUGGCACAGCUUGCCCUGAAGACUCAGCUACUGCCUUCUGUGGGAGUGUCGCUUCGUACAGAGGACAAGUUUGUGCUUUGGUUUCCAGUGUUUUACUUUGGAGUUUAGGUGCCAUAUCCUGAGGGGUUUUGUUUUGUUUUGUUUUGUUUUGUUUCUUUUUCCCUUUAUUUAAAGUUUGCUGUGUUUGUAACCAGUUUGUUGAGAAGGACCAACACCAGUCCACCUUGAGGAAGAGGGAAAUGGGUUUAAAAGAUAAUUAGAACAUGCCCCAAACCAUGGAAAGAGAGGGCUGAGCAGAACAGAAAGUUGAUCCCCGAAGUCUCUCUCCCUGUGUGGAAAGAGUGAGAACUAAGUCUAAUGAGGUACGGGGUGGGUGAGUGGGUGAGGUGUCUUAGCUUCUAGACCCCUUAGAACUGGCUGCUUUCUGUGGAAAUGCUGAAUUUAUGCCACCUAUUUUUCUAAUUUUUGUCCUGGAUUUCUGCCCUUCUUUCCUAAAAGGGGGUAAGCAAGUCUCAUGAAAUAAUGCACUUUUCAGUUAGCCUGAAAUAUGCAAAUAGGAGGGAGAUACCCAUGACUAGGCAGCCCAGCCCGACAUUCGUGUUAUAUUGAUUGCCCUGCCUGGUUGGUGGCUGUUUAGGGGAAGCAGCCAGAGAGGUCAUUUUCAUUAAUUUUAACAUGAAGUUAGAAUGUACCCAUUUCCAGUAGUCUCUUUUGUAGAAAGUAUAUGGAAGUUCAUAACACCAAGGAAUGUUGCCUCCUUCUCUGGCCACAGUUUUCUCAUGAGGGGACAUAAGACACUCUUAACAGCAUCUCUAGCCAACAAGGGUGCAGUUCAUGGGCAGAGCAGUCAAGAAGCCAUCUGAUUAAGGGAAGAGAGACCUGCUUCUUGGUGUGCCUGAAUCAAGGUCACUUCAAGCCACUUUGCUAUAUUUGAGCAGAGCCUAGUAUUCAAGAAGGUUCAGAAGUGCAUUUCUGAUUCCUUAAUGAAGGUACUCCAAAAGCUGUGUUCCCAUAAGGUCUGGCAGGCCUCUCCUCUAGCCCCAUUUUCUGUCCUUGAAGACAGAAGAAAGUAUAGGACGUUUACAGGCUCCAUAUGGAUUUAGUGUUCAUUUACCUCAGUAUUAACCCAUGUUCAUUUUGUCAUCAUGCUUACAGUAAGCUCCCUGCUGCCUUUCAUGGGUCUUAACUCCAGCCUUUGCCAGUGUCCCACAUAGCCUCUGGGCUCUCCUGCUCUAAGAGAAGCUGUGGGAAUGUGCAUCUGAGCAGAGGUAGCCCUAUAAAUAUAUGAUUAGUAGUCACAGCCAGGGCCUGGGUUCCUGGGUCAUUGGAAGCUUAAACCUCAUAAGUUACAAGUCUUGACUCCUAGCAGCAGAGAUUAGAAGGGGCUAACCUGCUUUAAGUCAGAUAGGGACUCUCCUUGUCAUGCUGUCCCUGUGGAUAACAAACAGGGAUUGACCAUCUUGCUGUUGUACAGGAAGUUGUUAGUGGUGUGUUAUCCCAUUGAUGCUGGGACAGCUGUUCUCUUAUAGUGAUAAGUUGAGUCUGUUGUCCUCUUAAACAUGAAACAUACACUUCUUAAGCUGAACCACGUAAACUUGAAUUCUGUGCACUGGGAGAAAAGUGUCCUGUGUUUCAAGAUAAAACUGUUCUAAAGGCUUCCAGGGUAUUGAUGGAAUUUUUUAAAAUAAUGCAAAAAAAAUAAAAAAUAAAAAACUUUAAAAGGAAAAAAAAGAAAAAAAUGCUAGGUUGGGCAGGCACUGCUCAGAAUCCCAACCGGCCGGAACCAAGAAUGUUGUUUCUAUUUUUAUAGAAGUUUUAUACAGCUCCGGGGUGGAGAAUAUUUAUUACCUAAAUUAUAUCUCUGGAAAAGGCCAGGAUUUUGUAGAAUCCAGAAUGUGAUUGUUGUACACACAGGGUGCUGUGUAUGAUUGAAACUACUGACUUUCUGUGACCGUUUGCAGCCCAGGUAACCUGUCCAAGGGGAAGGCUAACAUUAAUGCUGUGAAUUGGCAGAGGCGAGAGCUGUGCUCCACAGGGAGCUGCCAGUGCUGUGCUCCCUAACCUUCUGUUCUGCCUUCCUCCUCGGCCAGAACAUCACGUUCUCCCUGCUCCUCUGGUUCCCUCUAGCUCUCCCAUUUCAUUGUCCACAGAUUUGUCCUGUGCUCCAGGACCAAAUGAAACUUUCCUAAUGAUAUUAGAAGCAAAGGAGUGACCCCACCUUUGGAACAGACCCCAAACUUCAUACCUACUUGUGAUUUCUAAAAGGAGCACUUGCCCCAGCAGAGCCAUGGUCAGCCAUGGCUGGCUCAGUUAGCCAGCUAGCCAGCUGGGGAGACCAUGUACUUCCAUUAUCCCGUUUGCCCAGUGCAUUAGCACAGCACUAGCACUGUCCUCGAGCACAGUUCCCUCCCCAGGCCAAAGAUGGUUUUGUUGAAGAAGCUGCUCCCCUAUAAGUCUUGAUGUGAAAGGGCUCAGCUUAGAGUGGAGACUGAAGUGACGUCUUAAGCAGUCCAUUUCUGUUGUGUGGAGGUUUCACUUACAGUGUUUUCUGCUGUAGUUUUGUUUCGUGGAUUAUAUCAUGCCAUUGAUUUGCCUUCAGUGCAGCCCAACCACUAUCUCCUGGGUUCCACAAGAGUGCCCAGGGCGUAUGUGGAACCUUAGGGCUUGGAUUUCUGGGAACAAGGGUGGGCCAUCCUAGGAUUGAGCAAGAAACUCUGGCCCUCUAUCUACCCUAAGUAGUCUCCCUCCCACUCUAGUUAGCAUCUUUUGUUGCUGAGACCCUGCUUGCCCAGAGACUGUCUUCAUGUGUUAGGUGCUUUGCAGGAAAUCCAAGCCUUAGGUUCCCCUCUGUCUCUGGCAGUUGGAUGUUCUCUUGGUGUCCUUCAUGUCCUUUUGAACUUUCCCCUGUGUCCAUUGUUAGCAUGUGCAAAAGUUCUUGUCAUUUCCCACCCCUGCCCUUCCCCGUCUCCUCAUUUCAGGGCUGCAUACAGUGAGUGUCCUGUUCUCUCUCUCUGUUUGGAUGUAUUGCUCUGUGUAACUCAGUGGAUCUCCCUCUUUCUGGUUUGUUUUUUUUUCUAGAUUCCUGCCGUUUGUUCAUCGUUGUGCCUAAAGCAUGUCGAUGUGGCGUCAAGUACAUCGUCCAAAUCCCUGUCUCUUCAGCUUCUCUGAUGCUUGAACUCUCACCUUUGACCUUGUGUUGACCUUUGAUGCUGAUGUGUAUUUUAUUAUGUUUGUUUCUUUCUUUGUUUUUUCUUUUUUCUUUCUUUUUUUUUUUUCCCUUUUGUGCUGCCAAAUUGGUUUUGCUAGAACGACUGCUGAAGGGAAAAUAUUUAAACUUGCAUUUGAAUAUAAAAAAAAAUCUAUUUUUCUAGAACUUCAUAAGAUAACCACUUGAUUUUGUGAUUCCAAUUCUUUGUAACUGUCUCAGAGCAGCCCUACUAGCACAUGCCGUGUGGUGUUUGUAUCCUUGUGAACACACAGCCAGUCCGCUUCCAGGCUUUGUUCCUCUGUGUGCUUAGUUUUAAAGACAACUUUGAAAUAAACAAUGAAAUAAAAGAUGUCACUAAAAUCUUUGAGGCUCCUGAACACAUUUUGCUGACAUAGUUUUGGGGCUUGAGGAGACCGCAUGUUGUUAUUAAUUUUUGUUUUUCUGAGUUCUCAACUGCAGAAAAAUGUCUGAAAUACACCCUUACCCCCAUUCCCUUUUCACUGAAUGCUGAGGUUUGGGCCCCAGCUAGCCUUUUUUCUUUUCCUUUUGUGGUUCUUCCUGAAGCAGCCCUGCAGGGAAGCCCUAGGGUCCCUCUUCCCCUCCCCUCCCCUCGGCUCAGCCAGCUCACACCCGUGCUUCUUCCUACAGUCUCCACAGCAAAAUGUGAUGCUUUCAACUUUUUUGGGUUUUGUAUUCUUUUGCCUUUUUGUUUUGAAUUUUUCCUUUCCUACUAAGAUUAUGCCCAGAAAAAACAAGUUGUGCAUGUUUCCUGCUGUUUCUUCACACCUUCGUAUGUAUCACCUUCACCUCUCUGUUUUCUAUAGUUUGUGCAAAAACUGACUGAUUUAAAGGGGUUUCAAAGAAGAUGUUUUAAAUUGUUAUGGGGUUGAUUUUUUUUCUCAAGAUUGUAUCGUUUUAUUUUGAAGUGGCAACUUUCUCCUCUAUUGCCCUUAGAGUGUUUGCCUGUGCACUUAGACUGUCACUCUUUGUGGUGGCCUCCAGGUCUCAGUGGGGGAUCCAGGAGGCUGGCUGCUCUGCUCAGGGAGUACAGGGGGCCAGAGGCAGAAGCAGAACCAAAGGUGGCUGUGGGUAGGCAGGAUGCUUAGGGCAUCAAGGCUAGAUCACGGAGGGAGGGAGGGCAGGCGGGCAGUACUUCUGAUUACCCAGAGGAGGCCAUCGGUGCACUGAGUGGCAAUAUACCUGCCUGCCUGCGCUUUCCCUAGGUGACAAGCACAAUAAAUACUACAGUCUUCACACUGUUUACAGCUCUGGGCACCAACCACCCCGCACUGGCUCUUCACUAUGGCUCUGCUCUUACUUAGCUAAUAGAGUUGGGGUAAGGGCAAGAAACUGUUUUUAAAUUGGGUGAAGAGCCAGAUAGCUACUGUUCCCGGGUGCCAGGCCAGCCAGUUCUUUGGUUUCCUAAGGGAAACUUACCCUCUUCUCUUGUAGCACCAUCCAGCCUCAGGGUCUUGGGGACUUGGAAGAAUGUGAAUAGAGGAGGAGAGGCUAGAGGAAAUGAGUAGACAGGGAUGGAUCUGUGAAGAGCAGAGGCUGCAGGGAGGAUUUUUGACAGAUCCCACUGAGACUUAAGCACUGGUGGGAGGGAAAGUGGAAGCAAGGUUGUCCAGGAAAGGGUGGCAAGGUGCAGCAAAGGAUGGGGGUGGGGAGAGAAGCACGGUCUGGCAUCAUCCACUCUCUGCCUGGUGUUGAAGGAACUCCAGCACAGUUUCUGCUCUGGGACCCCUACAGGUUGCCCAAUAUAUUAUGCUUGAGGCCACCUUACUAGGAAGAAAUGGCAGCCAAGUGGGGGACUUAAGUAUGCUGCUUAAGGUCCUGGAAGGGGUGGUAGGAUGCCAGCGCCUAGCAUGAGAGAGCCUGCUGUGUGCCCACAGUCUGACUGCACAGAGCGCCUCUGUCGGCAGGAGGUGCUGCGGUCCCCUUCCUGUGUACUGAGAAGCUGGGCUUGCCAAUAUAGUUUGCUUUCGAUUCCAAGAGGAGCUCUGGGAAAACCUGUGGAUAAAACCAAAUGCCAAAUGUUGGACAUUGUUUCCUUUUCCUUUUCUCUCUGAUUGUUUUAAUUGUUCCGUAGUGGUUUUAAUGGAUUUGAGACCCUGGAGCGGCAGCUGCCUUUCUGAUUUCCAGCUGCUUUUUGUGAAUAAUUUAAAAAGAAAAAAAAAAGAAACUUUACAUUUUGGAGACAAACCUGUGUGAGUUUUUUAUUGGUACAAACGUUGUAUUUAACACUAGGGGUUUUGUACAGUUUUUUGCCUUUUCUACUAGAAAACAAUGUAAAGUGAUUUCACAAUGUGAAGAGAAAAAAAUUGCCACUAUGACCAAACGCACAGUCUGUUCUGCAGCAACAACGGGAUUCAAUCAACUCAAAGUCGUGAUUCAGCCGUAGAAAUGCUUUUCUUGACCUUGUUUGAGCUUUCCUUUUUUCCUGUUUGAUUUAUAAAAGAUGUCUUUUGUGUGUGAACUUGUGUUGUACUCUGUAGAAAAUUAUGGAUUUUGCUUUAAUGGUUUUUAAAAAAAAAAAAGGGCAAGAAGAGCCCGUGUCGCUUUUCUUACCUAAUCACAGUUUGUGUAGUGGAUUAAAAAAAGAAAAAGUUGUUAAAAGUUUGGAGCAAGGGAGUAUGUGUUUAAAAGGACUCUCCUUCCUUUUUGUGUGUGUUUCCUUUUGUCCCAAUGGGGAACCUAAAUCUGUUUUAAUUGCACAGACACACAGACAAAAAGUCAUUUUGUAUCUGCCAAGUGUGGUACCUUCCUUUGUUUAUUUGCUAUUAAACUGUUUGAGAAGAA